AUGUGUAUUAAAAAUAAACUACCUGACUUACCUAUUCCUACCUUUAAUGGCCAAAGCGGAUCCUAUUUGAGCUUUGUCGACCAAUUUAAUAGUAUUGUCGAUUCCCAGCCUGACCUUAGCCCUACUAAUAAGUUACAGUACCUUGUUGGUGCAUUAUCGGGUGAACCUAAACGUCUACUAUUACAUUUACGUAUUGAAGCAGAGAAUUACCCUAUCGCUCGUGAUUUGUUAAAGCGGAGAUAUCAUAAUACGCGAAUACUGGCGGAUACAUAUAUAACACAGAUCCUUACCUUACCUAACAUACCACCUAAAUUGAAUGGAUUACGUGCUUCGUUUCUCAACCCAUUGUUAACAGCUUAUCGUUGUUUGGAACGCUUAGAGUUACCUGUGACUAGUGAGUCAUAUAUGCUAGUGCACAUAUUCCUUAAUAAGUUUCCCCUGGAGUUAAAGGCUCGUUUUGAGCGGUGUUACGGUGGUGAUAGUGAUCGACUGCCCCAGUUUGAUCAGAUCAUCACUUUUUUAGAGGAUGAGUACCGCCACCAUGAUAAUGUAGGUGAUGCAGCAUUAGUAGAUUCUGCCCCAACUUCCCGUACGUUUGAACGAAGACCUAAAUACUCGCAUAACCAGCAAUCUAACCACCCGCGUAGGGCCUAUGUUUCCCAGGUACCAGUUUCCAAUAAGAAGUGCCAUAUGUGUAAUAGUGAUUCCCAUUAUUUACGUGAAUGUCCCCAAUUUCGUGAUAUGAACCCACGUGACCGAUCUUAUUUUAUUAAAUCGUCUGGCCUGUGCUAUCGAUGUUUAGAUAAACAUUCGAUAGCCAAUUGCACACGUGAUUACAGGUGUGUUGUCUGUGCUCGGUCCUCCCAUCACACCUUACUGUGUUUUAACAAUUCUCGAGAUCCUGUUUACCCUAACCAUCAGAAUCGUAAUAAUACAAAUUAUCGCAAUGCUGUUGUGCAUAGUGCACCGCGUACAUCACUUCCCCGCACGGGCGGGGACCGUCCCCCUUAUAACAGCCGUACUCCCUGUUGUGAUUCGUCUUCACCUGCACGUCGAGCGUCUCCUCCUACAUACUCACGACAAGAUUAUCGUCAUACGUUCUCUCCCCCCGCGGUCACUUCCCGAGAUAAAACAUACCAUAAGUCACGUGACCUCCCCGACCGUUCUAUGCAUACCAAUCAUAGACGGAACUCGUCCCAAUCACUAGGCCCUGUAUCCCCCCCUGCUUUCUCACCACAUAUGUCUAUUCCCUCCAAUUCCCUAGUCCUCCUACCUACCGCCAUUAUUCAUGUCAAAUCGGCUUAUGGUUAUUUUAUAGUGGCCCGUGCGUUAUGUGAUACAGGCGCACAAGGUUGUCUGCUUACUACCGACUUAGCUGUUGAGAGAUUGAAUGUCCCCUUAUCAUCAAACUCAGUACCUAUUCGCGGUAUUGGCAACAUUCAAUCUGUAUAUUCCCGCGGGUCUAUCUCCCUUACCUUUAAACCAGUUCAUAGAUCGUAUCCUGUGAUAACAACCCCUGCAGUGGUUGUUGAUGUAAUUGCAGGCCCCCAUCCUGAGAUUAAAUUGCCUAGGCCUGUCGUUAAUAGUAUUAAUCACCUUUCCGUAGCGGACCCCUCCUUUUAUAAACCAGGGCCUAUUGAGGUAUUGUUAGGUGCCGACGUGUUCGGUUAUCUUGUGCGGCCUGAGGAAUCGAUUCCUCUUCCUCAUGGUCUGACCGGCCUUUCAACCGUUUUUGGUUGUGUGUUGUCUGGACCUGUUGCUGGUAAUUUCCCCGACCUUGAACCCCCUAUGACUGGCAUUUCUCUAUCCCAGGUCGUAGAGAAAUUUUGGAAAAUUGAGGAACUGCCUCAAGUUCUCAAUCCCAAUCCUAAGGAGUUAGAGCGCGAACGUAUUUUUAAGAAUGGCAUCACCCGUGAGAGUGACGGUCGUUUUAUGGUCCGACUUCCGUUUAUCUCUGAUCGUCCCCAGCUUGGUUAA